AUGGACUCUCUCAUCGCAAAAGCCGAUGCCCUUCGCCCUCUCUCCAAACAUGGCAAGUCAAAAGGUCCACCACCACACAAAAAAGCGAAGACCACACACGACUCUUCCACAUCCUCCUCCACCCCACAUACACACGUCUUCAACGCAAUAAACUCGCAGACAUCCCUCCCAAAGUCACUUCGUCCCUCUUCAAAUGAACCCGCACCAUCAAAAACGCAUUCGCACAUCGCCAACAAAAAGCUUCGGUCUCACCUCGAUCGUCAGUCCGCACAUGCCACUCGCGCGAAGGCACUGGUGCAGGAUUCAGCGUUACUUUUGCCGGAGGAUGCGGGGUUGAUGCAGGUGGAGGGAGAGAUGGAUAGGACGUGGAGGAUCAGUCAGGACGAGAUUGUGAAACAGGUGGGUGCAGAGGCGGCGAAGGGGAGGAAGGAGAUGGUAUUGGAUGGUGGGCCGUACAGGUCGAGGUACAGCCGUAAUGGAAGACACAUGGCCAUCGUCGGUUCAAAGGGCCACGUCGCCACAUUCGACUGGCAAACGGGCACCAUGCACUCCGAACUCCAAUUGCAGGAGACCUGCCGCGAUAUCACAUUUUUGCAAGAUCACUCACUCUAUGCUGUGGCUCAGAAGAAAUACGCCUUCAUCUACGACCGUGAUGGCGUAGAGAUGCAUCGCCUAAAAUCGCACAUCGAGCCUACCAGACUCGAAUUUCUGCCGUAUCAUUGGUUACUCGCUUCCGUGGGCAACACCGGCCACCUACACUACCAAGACACCUCCACCGGCACCCUCCUCCAAUCGCACGCCACCCACCUCGGCCCCACUCUCUCCCUCGCCCAAAACCCCCACACAGCCGUCCUCUACCUCGGCCACACAAACGGCACCGUAACGCUCUGGACGCCCAAUCAAUCCACACCGGCCGUUCGAUUGCUAGCUCACAUGGGGGGCGUAGUCAGUCUUGGUGUGGAUCCGAGUGGAGUCGGGGGUGGGGGCGGGAGGUAUAUGGCUACGGCGGGGAGGGACGGGGUGGUUAAGGUUUGGGAUUGUAGGAAUUGGAAGGGGGCGGUGAGGAGCUGGGGGGUUAGAGGUGGAGGCGCUGGGGGUGUGGGGGAGAUUGAAGUUGGGUGGAGUCAGAAGGGGGCGUUGGCGGUCGCGAGUGGGGGGAGCGUUAAUGUCUACACCACCCCCUCUCUACAUUCCCCCCAUCCCCACCCAAACCCCCCACCUCUCUACCUCACCCAUCCCAUCCCCCACCGUCCCCUACACUCCCUCCGAUUCUGCCCCUUCCAAGACAUCCUAACAAUCGGCCACGCAAACGGGCUCUCAAGCAUCCUAGUACCCGGAAGCGGCGAGCCGAACUUCGAUAGUAGCGAAGCCGAUCCGUUCGAGGGCAAGAAAGCAAGGCGGGAGAGGGAGGUCAAGGGCUUGUUGGACAAGAUCCAACCGGACCUCAUCACGCUCGACCCAUCAUUCGUCGGGUCGCUCGCUCCUCCGUCGAAGCUCACAACCUCGGUCGAUGGGAAUGGGACUCCAACCUCCGAUAUUCCAUAUGCUCGCCUGCCACGCAUCGAUCGUCUUCGUGUUUCGGGUAAAGUCGACUCUACCGAGGAUCAUUCCUCCUCUGACGAUGAAGACGAGAAGGAGGAGGUCGGAGAUGGUGGAGAGGGGAAGAAGAAAGACAGAGAGGAGCGUGAGAAGCGGAGGAUGCGAGGGAAGGGUAAGAGUUUGAAGAGAUAUUUACGAAAACAGAGGAAGAACGUCAUAGACCCCAAAGCCGUUGCCAUCCGUGCGAAACUGGAGAAGGAGAAGACGGAGAGGAAGAAAGCGAGGGAGGCGGCGAAGGCGGCGGAGAAUGGCGAGCCUGGCGCGGGGGAGAGGAAGUCUUCGGCGCUCGACAGAUUCAGGAGGGCUGGCUGAGUGCGCGCGGUGAUCAGAUCAUGCCUUUGAUUCCACGUCUAGCGUACAUAUCCUGCUCAUGGUGUUUGAAUCUUGAAUCUUCUGAGAUCCUCUGUAGCUAUGAUGUUCGUGAGAAC